AUGUCGGCGGGUGAGAGAAGGAAGACGGCGUGCGUCACCGGAGGGAGCGGCUACAUCGCCUCAGCGCUCAUCAAGCUGCUGCUUGUGAAAGGCUACGCUGUCAAGACGACCGUCCGAGACCCCGAUGACACGGAGAAGAAUUCCCAUCUCAAGGACUUGCAAGGACUUGGCCCCUUGGAGAUCAUCCGUGCCGAUCUGAGUGAGGAAGGCAGCUUCGACCAAGCUGUUUCCGGCUGCGACUACGUCUUCCUCGUCGCCGCUCCUCUGAACCUGAUGUCGGCAGAUCCGGAGAGAGAUCAGGUCGAAGCCACUGUCCAAGGAACGCUCAACGCCAUGAGGUCCUGCGCGAGGGCAGGGACGGUGAAGCGCGUGAUGCUGACGUCGUCCACCGCCGGGGUAUCCAGGAGGCCGCUGCAGGGCGACGGACACGUGCUGGACGAGAGCUCCUGGUCCGACGUCGAGUACCUCAGGGCCAACAAGCCACCAACCUGGGGGUACUCGGUGUCGAAGGUGCUCGCGGAGAAGGCGGCGAGUAGAUUCGCGGAGGAGAACGGCAUCGACCUCGUCACCGUGUUGCCCGUGUUCACCUUGGGCGCGGCGCCGGUCUCCAAAGCAGCAUCCAGCGUUCCCGUCACCCUCUCCUUGUUGUCAGGUGAUGAAGCGCAGUUGGCCAUCUUGGAAGGCUUGCAGUCCGUCACCGGCACCGUGUCGAUAACCCACGUGGAGGAUCUCGAUCGCGCCGAGGUGUUCGUCGCCGAGAACGAGUCCUCGUCUGGGAGGUACAUCUGCCGCAGCCACAAUGUCACCAUCUUGCAGCUUGCUGGUCUCAUGGCACAGAAAUACCUGCAAUACAAUGUGAAUGCCGAUCGAUUUCGUGGGUGCCCCGAGCAAUCGAAAGUGUGCAUUUCGUCACAGAAGAUUGUUGGGGAAGGGUUUGUCUUCAAGUACGAGAGCCUGGGUGAGAUUUUGGAUGACCUUGUUGAGUACGGCAGGUGUCGUGGUUCUAAGUCUGACAGUAGAAUAGUGGUAGGAUAA